UGAAGUCCGUUUUUAGCCUUAGAAGUAGGCAGAUGCGGGCUUCAGAGACACACGCCAAAGCCUUAACUCAGUCAUUGUUUGGUAUGCCAUCGAGUAAGAACUUUGGCUCUGGAGGAUGGUGGUGAUACAUACUUGGUUCCGAAUCACCAGUCAGCAUUCCUAAAAUCAAAAAUUGUCCAUCCACUCGGAAUAUUACAGCUAUUCAACAAAUCGUUAUAAGAAAUUAUAAAAUCGCUUGUUGAAACUACAAGAUUAUUUGCUUAUUUUAUUGAAGAAAAAAAAAGCCAUUCAUUGGAUUUAAAAAUCGUUUGGAGAAACUGAAGAUUACAUUUUUAUUGUAUUAAAAGCAAAGCUUUAUUUGGAACUUAAAAAUCGUUUGGUGAAGUAGAAUAUUUCUUGUUUAUUCCAUUGAAGACAAAAGGUAUAGUUGGAAUUUUGAUGAAACUGAUGAUUUCUUGUUUAAUCUGUUGAAGCCUAAACUGCAUUUGGAAUUUAAAAAUCGUUUGGUGAAACGUAAGAUUUAUAUAUUCAUUCCAUUGAAGACGCAGACGUGUUGGGAUUAUAAAUCGUUUGGUGUUAAUUGUGAAUAUUGAGGCAUUUAAUUUAUAGCGUGAUAGAAAACAUUGUGGACUUUAAAAUAUAAAAAUUCUAUGGCAAUAGAUAAAUAAAAUAAUUGAUUUAAUUCAAGAGGAAGUGCUGCUUUUUAAACAUCCAUAUUCCCUUGUACGUUAAAAUAAAAUAUCCUAUUAAAAUUGAAAUAGUUUUAGCAUACAUUCAGUUUAAAGAUUUUUCUUAAUGACGUAAGUAAUUUAACCUUUAAAAAUUUUGAAAAUGUACGUACUAAACUUAAGUUAAAACUGUAAUUGCACCGUGCACGAUUAGAGUACCGUUAUUUACCUAUGGGUACUACAAAAACCCCUACUUUUAUUGAAAAACCCAAACUAAGAGAGGAUGAAGAAGAAGAUAUCGUUUACUUCGAAUGCGUCGUGGAAGCUUUUCCUAAGCCAGAUGUUUUGUGGUAUUUUGAAAAUAAAGUCUUAAAGAAAACAAAGAAAAUCUCCAAAAUUGUGAAAACAUUAGAACCCAAUAAAUUUUUUAUUGCCUUAAAAAUAGUUGAGCCCGAAGAGGAGGAUUCGGGCGAAUAUAAAGUUUCAGCGACUAACAGAAUUGGUAAUGCUAUAGGUACCAUCAAGGCAGAUUUUAAAGCCGUAGAAGAGCAAAUUCCGGAUCAAAAGGCCCCCGUGUUCGAGAAGAAACCUGCCAUUCGACAGGAGGAGGAUGAAGAUCGUCUUUAUUUCGAAUGUGUCAUAGCCGCCAAUCCCGUACCGACGAUCUCCUGGUUUAGAGACGAUAAACCUGUCGAAAGCAAAGAUAGAUUCCAAAUUAAAUGUGAAAGGAAAGGAAAUUCUUACCACUGUGCUUUAGUCAUCGAAGAUGUUGAUGAGGAAGAUGGGGGAAAGUACAAAGUCACGGCGAAGAACAAUUUGGGAGAAAGCAGCGCGACCAUCAACCUCAACUUCGAUACUGAUGAAGAUGAGGAGGAAGAAGGGAAACCAACAUUUACAGGAAAACCACUUAUCAAACAAAGUCCAGAUUUUAAGAGUAUCAUAUUCGAAUGCAAUCUCACAGCCGAUCCUAAACCUACACUACAAUGGUAAGUUGACAACAGAAUGGAAAUU